GAAAAUCCUGUGCCUUUUGAUACCUAUUUCAGAUACUUCUGAGAAUUCAUCAGCGCUCUAUGUUGUAAAUGUUGAAAGAAAUGGAAAAAUUAUUUAUACCUGGAAGGGAAAUCAGAGAAAUACUCACAUUGGAUUGUAUGAUCUUCAAACUAAACAAAAUGAGCACCUCUAUAUGUUUGAGAGGGAUCUACGGAUAAUCAGUUGUUCGGUCAACAAUGAAAGGACGUUAUUGGCGGUCAGCUUCUGUCAGUAUACAGAGGAAGAAAGAGUAAGUCGGCUGUUACAGUCAGUAUCCAGGUAUUUAACCUUGCUAAUUGAAAUUCAUCCCAUUAAUAACGUGAGAGUCCUGAAGGCUGUGGAUAGCUGUGUUCGAGUACAGUUUCUUUAUCCAGUUGAAGGCAGAAAUACUUCUACAGAAAGUCGCCUCUUGCUAGUUUCGGAAGAUAAAUAUAUUGAACAAUUUGACAUUCGUGUUGCAGAAGAAGAACACAAAGUGGUGAUUCAAAACUCAGGUCAGCUUCCAAGAGCCAGAGUUGUAGACGAUCUCAUUUGGGCACAAUGGGAUAUGAUGGAACAAAGGCUCUUCUACAUUGUUCCAAAGGAAUCAAGGAGUACUUUAAAAUGUGUCCAGUUUUAUCCUGAUGAAAACUUCAACUCAAUACUGGAAUCACACCUGGAUAUUUCUGUAAAUGACACACAAUUAAAACUUGUGAAUUUUGGAUACGAUUACUGUGAAGAUCAAGAUGUUGGAUCUAAAUCUUUGAAUCUUCAGGUUUUUACAAGUAAAGCAGGAGGCUUGUGUGUGUGUUGUAGUCUAGCCUCUGAUAUUCCUGAUGAAAUAACAUACUCCAUAUAUUUUUUACAUAAAGGUUACAACAAAACUUUUACAGUUUCUCUAGAAAGAAAAGAAUCUCAUCAAUUGAAGGAAGUGGCUUUUAUGAAUCUUGACUAUUAUGUGGCUGCUUAUUUGCCUGGCCAGUUCCUGCACCUCCUGAAUAUUCAGCAUCCUGACCUGCUGUGCUAUAGUUUGUUUCUGACAGGUGAGGAUGCAAGAAUUGACAUGUUGCAAAACUGCUCCAUCCAAUCCCCACUCUUGUCAACAGUCUUGGAUUGCUGCCUAGGAAGUAUGUAUGCUGUCAGCAUCAGUGACAGCGCCUUACUACAGUUCCUACAGAACAGCAAACGAGACAGCGAGAGAUUGGCAGCUCUACAUUGUGCUCUGCUGUACUUCCGACACACAGAAGACUUGGAAAUGCAGAUUAUUUGGUGGAUUUCUGAGAACCUGUCGACAUGUCAUUCUUUUGACCCCAUUCAAGAAUUUAUCGUCGCCUCCCUGUACUGCAGAAUGUGUCCAGAAACUCACAACCUGGAUAAACUUUUGCCCUACACAUCACUGCUUGACUGGACUGGGAUGAUCCCUGGAGUGACAUGUGCAACAGACAUUAUUUCUCUACCUGUGUUAGAG